UUUUUUCAGAAUUUUUUUAAUGGAAAAAACUGGUCAAAUUGGAUCCUCAUUAUUAGCUAUAAGCGAAACUGCUACAAAUUCCACAGCAAACGGCAAUACAAUGGCUCCCGGAAAUGAUCAAAAGGAUAACGAGUCUAAACGAAGUCAAAAUACCUCAGGUUAUUCAAUGGCUGGUGUUUUACACUUUCUUCAAAACGAAUGCAGUCAAUAUGAACUUGAACGGUCUCAAUGGGAGAUUGAAAAAGCGGAGCUUAGAGCACGAAUUACAUUUUUGAUUGGAGAACGCAAAUCCCAAGAAAAUUUAAAGUUUGAUUUGGUUCGCCGAAUAAAGAUGUUGGAAUUGGCAUUGAGACAGGAAAGAGCUAAACACUUGGAAAUUAUCAAAAAGUAUGAACAACCUCAGCAAAAUGGUGAAGUUGAUCAAAUAGAUGGCGAAGAACAGAAUCACUUGGUUGUUAACACAAAAUCAACUGUACCAUUGGAUAUAGAUUCAAUUUUGCCUUCUAAAACCAAUGACAACAAUCAAUCGUCAAAUGGAGGGAUUUUGAGCAACAAAGAACUUUAUAGAGCUCGAGAGACUUUGCAGCAAUAUUUACAUGAAAUUGGCUACACAGACAAAAUUCUCAGUUUGCGAUCUUUUCGAGUUAAUCAACUGCUGGGUUUGUUGCCUAAAAUGGAUGAGGAAGAAAAAACUAAUAGUGAUGAUGAACGACGUCCAAAUGCUGCUGAAUGGGCGCUUUUGCGGAGUGAACAUGCAAUUUUGGAAGCUGCCGAUGCUAUUAAACAAUCACGUCAACAUCAAGAAAAACUUCAAGAAUCGUCCAAUUUAAAGAAAAAUGCUGAAAAUGCAGAUAACAGUGAUUCGUCUUCUGAUGACAAUGCGGAAGCAGAUUUGGAUGCAGACGCUGUAGAAGCUUUUAAUGAAUUUAGUUUUUUGAAAAAUGAAGAGGGUGGAAAUGAAAGGGUGUGGAAUCCUAAAGGAAAUUUGGAAAGCAUGGAUGUAUCCAAGCAGAGGAAAUUGGAUGAAAUGAAAAAGGAGCUCAAACAUGAUCAGGAACGUAGACGUCAGCAAAGUCUUGCAAAAGCUCGAAGUGUUUUUGACGAUUCUGACCAGAAAAACAAAUUCAAUAAUACUAUUCAACAAAAUCAACAGUCUCAAAGUCAAUCUGCCGCUGAUAUUCCUUUUGAAGAAGAAAAAUAUGAAGGAAUAAAAACUGUUUUUGAUAAGGAAGAAGAAAAUGUGCAACAAUUACAUUGGAAUGUUCACUAUACGUUGAGAUCCCAUUAUGAUUCAAUUAGAGCAAUGCAGUUUCAUCCUAUUGAGCCUGUUUUAAUUACUGCAUCAGAGGAUGGCACAGCUAAACUUUGGGAUUUAAAUAGUUCUUCUGUUGGAUCAAAAACUGGUGGAGGAGGAGGAAAUUAUGAUGAUGGUAGUGGUAAAGGAUUUCCGUCUACUGGAAUUGCUGAUAUUGAACCUUUGUAUACCUUUAGAGGACAUCGGGGAGCAAUUCUAGCAAUGGAUAUGUCUCCAAUGGGUGAAACUUGUUAUACUGCUGGAUUAGAUGGAGUUAUUUGUUGUUGGACAAUUCCAUCAACUGUUGGUUUAGAUGUUUAUCAAACAUUUGACCCAAAUUUAUUGCAAGAACGUUUAAAUGGACAUACAGACGCUAUUUGGUCAUUAAGUUAUCAUUCUUCGUCGAAUAGGUUAAUUUCUGCGUCAGCUGAUGGAACAAUAAGAAUUUGGGUUGUUGGAUUAGCUGAUGGAGCAAUGCCUACACCUUUACUUAAAACAAUUACUGAAUUAGACAAGCCAAGAUCUAUUGAUGUUGUCUCAACUGAAUCUCAACAACUUUUAUGUGCUUGUGUUCAUUCUCAAUGUCAUAUUAGAGAUUUUGAAACUGGACAAAUUGUUUUGAAUUUUCAAAAAGUUGAGGAUGGAGAUGAAGUAAAUAAAAUUUUAUCUCAUCCAACUAUGCCUGUUACAAUAACGGCUGGUGAAAAUAGAAAAAUUCGUUUCUUUGAUAAUAAUACGGGCAAAAUUAUUUGCUCUACAAUGGCGCAUGUUGAAGGAGUAUCAACUUUAGCAAUAGAUCCAAACGGUUUAUAUAUGUUAAGUGCUUCACAUGAUGGUUCUGUUCGGUUUUGGAAUGCUGAAAAGAAAAUUUGUUUGCAGAAAUUUGGUUCUGGUGUUAUGGCUGUAGCAUUUCAUCCUUCAAGGCAAAUGAUCGGUUCUGCUGGAGCUGAUGGGUUGGCUAAGGUUUAUGGAACUGGCCAAAACACUAAUAAUAAUAAUCUUCCUUCAUCAUCAUUUCCUAUGCCAACAACAACUUCCCCGACAUCUUCAUCAUCAUCUGGUUCAUCUGCAGGGUCUAGCCCAUUACAAAAAUAUCAACAACAACAAAAUAUUGCAUCAUCUCAACUUUGA